GAGACGGGGACCGAGGCGAGAAGAGAGGAGAGCAGCACAAAAGCAGCCUCGGAUCUCGCCGGCGCCGCAAGCGUUAAGGGGAGGCGGGGAGUGACGCGGGUUGCGUCUGGAGCGGCUCCUCGGAGUCCGCGGCAUCCACAGCCGGAGCCUCGCCUUCCUUUCUCCCUCUGCAGACACGUCGAGACACAAAAAGCGAGGCGACCCCUAGGCCCGCGCUAGGGACCCACCGGCACCAUGACCGAGACCACCAAGACCCACGUCAUCUUGCUGGCCUGCGGCAGCUUCAACCCCAUCACCAAAGGGCACAUUCAGAUGUUCGAAAGAGCCAGAGAUUAUCUGCACAAGACUGGAAGGUUUAUUGUGAUUGGUGGGAUUGUCUCCCCUGUCCACGACUCCUACGGAAAACAGGGCCUGGUGUCGAGCCGGCACCGUCUCAUCAUGUGUCAGCUGGCGGUCCAGAAUUCCGAUUGGAUCAGGGUGGACCCCUGGGAGUGCUACCAGGACACCUGGCAGACGACCUGCAGUGUGUUGGAACACCAUCGGGACCUCAUGAAGAGGGUGACUGGCUGUAUCCUCUCCAACGUCAACACACCUUCCAUGACACCUGUGAUUGGACAGCCACAACAUGAGACCCCGCAGCCCAUCUACCAGAACAACAACGUGCCCACCAAGCCCACGGCAGCCAAGAUCUUGGGAAAGGUGGGAGAAAGCCUCAGCCGGAUCUGCUGUGUGCGCCCGCCCGUGGAGCGCUUCACCUUCGUGGAUGAGAACGCCAAUCUGGGCACGGUGAUGCGGUACGAGGAGAUCGAGCUGCGGAUCUUGCUGCUGUGUGGCAGUGACCUGCUGGAGUCCUUCUGCAUCCCAGGGCUGUGGAACGAGGCAGAUAUGGAGGUGAUUGUUGGGGACUUUGGGAUUGUGGUGGUGCCCCGGGACGCAGCCGACACAGAUCGAAUCAUGAAUCACUCCUCAAUACUCCGCAAGUACAAAAACAACAUAAUGGUGGUGAAGGAUGACAUCAACCAUCCCAUGUCUGUUGUCAGCUCAACCAAGAGCAGGCUAGCCUUGCAGCAUGGGGACGGCCAUGUCGUGGAUUACCUGUCCCAGCCGGUCAUCGACUACAUCCUCAAGAGCCAGCUGUACAUCAAUGCCUCCGGCUAACAGCCACACAGCCUCUGCUCCACUCUCCUCUCGUCCUCUGCCAACACACUGGCCCCCCAGUCUCUGUCAGUCCCCCUGUUUCUCUCUUGCCUCUGUUUCUCCAUCUCCUCAUCUUGACUGUUCUCCCACUUGCUGACUUAACCCCCCACAGUGUGGGGGACCUGCAGAGAACCAUGGCAUUCCCUACUCCUCAGUCAUCUUUGGACAAACUUUCCUCUAGUCUCCAGGUUGGGGGUGGGAGAGGGAAUAGGGGUGGGAGUUGGGGGAAGUGCAGUCCUUGGAGAUGUACUGGUGUCUGUCUCCCAGCAUGCUCUAGAGAGGCGGCUCUGGCGCCCAUCCUCCCAGCAUGCUCUGGGGAGGCGGCCCUGGGGCCCAUCCUCCCAGCAUGCUCUGGGGAGGCGGCUCUGGCGCCCGUCCUCCCAGCCAUGCUCUGGGGAGGCGGCUCUGGCUCUUGCCUUCCCAGCAUGCCCUUUACUACAAAGGGCUAUUUUUCUUUUCAUUCUUUUUAUUUAUUUAUUUUUCUUGGUUCACUCCCCAUAGAACUUAGAUGAAAUCAGUGUCCAUGGUUCUUUAUGUUUAUAGUCUUGAUGCACUCCUGUGGUAUUGUUUCCCUUUUGAUGGGACAUUGUAGCCAGCCUUAGCACUCAGUAAGUGCAUGAGGGCCACACCCAGGAGAGAAGGCCAAGCCACCUCCACUUCUCCAACACAUCACACACACACACACACACACACACACACAU